UCUCUCCACUCCACUCGAUCAUCCCAGGAUCGUUCACCAUCUCAUAAGCUAAUAAGCUAGUUCUUGAACCAUCGUACUAGCAAACAAAAGAUGGUUCAGCGGCCGGCUGCAGCCGGCGAUCGGGCAGGCGAAGGGUGGAGCCGGGUGGCGGACCAGCCGGCCGCGGCGGGAGGCAGCAGCGGGGGGCGGUGGCGGGAUCGUCGCCAUCAUCAUCAGCAGCAGCAGGAGCUGGUGCUGCGUCGGCUGCUGCCGAUCAACAAGGCCAAGGCGUGCCGGUUCAAGCGCAGCUGCUUCAGCGAGGAGGACGACGCCGCCUCCUCCGCCAUGCUUCUGCUCGCCUGCGUCGUCUGCGCCCCCUCCCUUUGAUGGUGAUAAAAAUACUUUUUAUUUACUUUGGCCGCCUGCUUGUAACUAAUCAACAUGUGGAUCACCAUGUGAUGCCAUGCCUCAUGCAUGUCAGUCUGUCGCAUCGGAAACGUUCGCUAUGUAAUGGGGUACUGGUCGUUGAUUCGUCUCUCUGAAUGAGUGUUUGGCAGCAAUUUCUUUC